UACAUCCCUCAAGUUAGUGGAUGACCCGAAUUUAAAACCCGACUCCACCUGGCUUAAAUGCUAUUUCUUUCCUAUUAUAUUCUUAAACAAGAACCGGGCACAGACGCAUAGCAGGACAGUAGUGGUGAGGAUAUAUAGAAGUAAAUACCAGUAGUAGUGACCUGUGACUCUAUAUGUGUAGUAGUAGUAGUUGUUGAGGUAGUAAUAACGAAAAUAAAUGCACUGUUAAGAUAGUCGAUAUCGAAGUUGUUUUUGUUGUACAACACUUCACUCAAUUUCCACAGACCACAGAUUUAACAUUAUACUUCUCUUUACCUGCAGACAGUGGUGUUUUUCUUUUUUAUUGCAUCACACCCUCCUUCAAUCAUCACUGUGUUUUUUCUUGUUAACGUAAAACUGACGCUUCUCUCUAACUUUUUAUUUCUCAAGAUCUUUGACUUCUAAAACUCAUCAACUUCUGCCUUGGUGUUCUAUCCUGUCUAGAGACUCCAUUACAGACUCUCUAUCUAAUCUCUUCAUCAGCUCAAAAGUUCAGUAUCACCGAGGGAACCAAAACAGCAGCAGAACAUAAAAGAAGAGAAAGACGAAGUAACAAAAAUGAAAGACAGAGGAAAAGCAGUGGCGGUAGCUAGUAGUAGUAAUUGGUUCACAACAGAUUACUCUUCUUAUUCAGAUCUUCCAUGUAAGAAACACCCAUCUUCAUCUUCAGCAGGAGGAAUUUGUGCUUACUGUCUUAAAGACAGACUUAUCAAACUCGUUUGUUCUGAUUGUGGAGAACAACGUCUCUCUUCUUGUUCUUGCUCUGACAUGUCAUCUUCGUAUACUAGUGCUGAAGUUGGUAGUGUUGGAAGGAUUUCAUUCUUGAUAGAGAAUGAAAAAGAACUGGAUUUUAAUAACCAUAUCCCACAUUCAACAGGAAAUAUCAAUAUAAAUAACCCAAUUAGAUCAGAAUCGUCAACCGUUAUCCUUAAAAGAAGCAGUAGCAGUUGUGUUGGUGUUAAGAGAAAUGGGUUUUGGAGAUUUGGAAGAUUGUUUAGGAAGAAAGGAGAAAAGGGAAGUAAUGGUGUUGAGUUUAGAGAGGGUGCUAGUGUUAAUGGAGGCGGGUUUGAUGAUAAAAGUGAGAUGUGGGUUUUUCAUAAUGCGGGUAGUGUUCCAAGGUCUAGAUCUCUUUGUGGUUUCAGAGGUGGUUUUGAUGCUUCAGAAAACGGUUCUACUACUGUUGGAGGAAUGUCUGAUUCAAAAAGAGCUGGAAAUACAGAGUCAGCAAACAGAAAACACGGGGUCAUUCAUGUUGUUGAGUCAAUCUUAGGUGGUUCUAAUGCUGGAAAGAAUAUUAGUGAAGUAGAAUCAGGAAAUGGUUCCGGGAGUUCAAUGAAGAAUGAUAACAUUUCAUCACGGAUUUCAGAAAGUGUGGCAUUUAAAGGGUUUAAGAAUGAUGGAGUCAUGGAAUUUAAUGGUGAUUUGGAUGAUCACGACUCUGGCUUUAUUGAUUUAAAGCUUGGGUUUUCAUCAGAGUCAAAACCGGAAUUCUCUUCUUGUCUGAAAAAUAGUGAUCGUUUUGAGACAGAAUCAGGGUUCAGAGUUUCUAAAGAUAGUAAUUUCUCAGGACACGAAUCUGAUUCAUUUAGUUAUUUGAGAGGAGAAAGAAUUUUCAGUAAUGGGAGUUCAUGUAGGAUUACAGUUAAUGAAAAAGAAAUUAGUAAGUGCAGAAAAAGCUUGAAAAUUUGGAAAUGGAUUUUCAAGAAUCAUUCAAGUGGUGUUUGCAAGAAGCAUGGAAAACAUUGCAUUAGAUCUUGAGGUUAGAACAGAAUUUGUUUUUGGAACGGGUGUUGGCCGUCAAAUGAAAAAAAAAAAAUGCUCUUUUUUCACAGUGGAAUUAGGACAAAAUUCAUGUUGAUUUCAUCUAUUAGGUUUAUAGUAUUAGCUUUAAUUAGACUUAUUUAAUCUGUUGAAACCCUUCUUCUUUUUGAACUUUUGAAUGUUCUGUGAAUGAUAAUGUAAAGGCGUAAAGCAAAUUU